UCCUGAUCAGCGCAUGAUGUACGAGGAUCGGAUGUCAAUGCCACCCAUGCCACAUGCGAGCACCAAAUGGUACCAUAUCCGGCAGCCAAUUGACUACGUGGCUCCAUUGAAAAAGCCCAUGAACUCGUUUCUGCUCUACUCAGCCGAGCGCCGCGUGCAACUGCGCCAGACCCACCCUGAUCUUAACACAACGCAGCAGAGCACGAUUCUGGCGCGCGAAUGGGCAAAUCUGGCUGAGGAAGAAAAGGAGAAAUACCGUGCCGAGGCGAAACAACUUCGCGACGAUUACAAUGCUAGGCGUGCAGAACUCAGUCUAAAGCUCCAACAGCAGCUUAAUCAGCAGAGCCUGAAUAUGAGCCUUGGCCACCCGCCGCCACCUCCUCCGCCACCACCACCAAUUUUAACACACCACCCGUCGCAAGGUCAUGCUCCGCCGCCUUUGGAGAUAAUUGACAAUGGCAUGGUGCCUACAGAACAUCAAGGCCACAUGCAUCCGCCCAGCCCCAACAAACAGCAACAGCAACAGCAAACAUACAUGGGUCAUGGGCUGCGCUCACCAUAUUCGCCACAUACACCAAAUCCAAGUCAAAGCCACCACACACCGCAGACCCAGUUCCCUCAGACCCCUCAGGAAGACAUCCACAGCCAUGGAAAUGUAGCAGCACUAGCCAGCAUGGGUGCAGACCCGUUUCAACUGAGUAACGAUAUCUCGUCGCUGGCGCAUUCAGAGUCCGAUAUGGCCAGUAGUCAGAUGUUCAAGUUCGACCACCAGCAUAUCAACCAAGGCUACCAAGAUGCUGACCAGUUUGGAAAGCAGCUGGGCGAAGAGGUUAGUGGCAAAGCUACAGGGGAGGACAGGUGGCAGCAAUCUGGCUUCAGCCUAACUAACGAUGCAUUCCAAGAUUCAGUGCACAUGCCCUAUAAUCUGCCGAGACCUCCUUCGAGUUUGCCUACCGAUCUAAACACGAUGUCAGCAGACCCAGCCUCCUUGACUCAUGACAGACCAAGCCAGCCAAUCCAGCCCAGCGACCCAGCAUCAGCGCAAGCUGGCAUGUCCAGGUCGCGACUGCGUGUGUCAAGUCCACCAAAGCGUGCGCGAAAAAAGAGCAAGAAGGAUCCGGAUGCACCCAAGCACCCAAUGUCUGCGUUUCUCUAUUUUCUGACUACUGAGCGCCCGCGUCUAGCCGAUCAGCUCAGCGAAAUGAGCAUUGGCCAGCAGACAAAGAUCAUUGCCAAAAAGUGGAAAUGUCUGACUGACUCUGAGCGGGCUCCAUGGGAGAGACUAGCGAAGAACGACAAGGACCGCUAUGCCAGGGAGCGGCGAGAGUAUCACGGCGAAGGAAGGAAUUCGGCAACACCUGCUGCGCAAAACUAAACUAUCAUUUAACCAAUACAUAUCAUCAAGUAGG